UUUAGGUUUUGUUAUAAACUAUACUAAAAGCCAAGUCGAACCGUCCCAAACUUGCAAGUUUCUUGGAUUUAUUUAUAACUCGGUUGAUAUGACGAUUUCUCUCCCUACAGAAAAACGUAAUCACAUACUACAUUUAGUAGAAAAAUUUUCGUCUUUGCCUAAAUGUUCCUUAAGAGAUUAUGCUCACCUUAUAGGCGUUCUAACCGCAGCUUGCCCCGCUGUAAGAUACGGGUGGGUCUAUACAAAACAACUUGAACGACAAAAAUUUAUUAUGUUACAAGACCGGUCAUAUGAUUCAAAAGUUAGAUUCACAAAUGAAAUCCUGCCUGACCUAGUUUGGUGGUCGACACAUAUUAAUACUACAUAUAAUCCUAUAGGAAACACCAAUUUUGACUUGGAAAUCUUUACUGAUGCUUCUAUGACAGGUUGGGGAGCGUUUUCCAACAAUAGCCGGGCCAGCGGGACAUGGCAGGAAUGCGAAGUUAUUUUCCAUAUAAACUACUUAGAGUUAUUAGCUGUAUUUUUUGGCCUCAAAUGUUUUGCGCGCGAAAAAUCAAACUGUAAUAUUUUAUUGCGCGUUGAUAAUACGACAGCAAUAAGUUAUGUCAACAGAAUGGGAGGUGUACAGUUUCCCCAUUUAAAUAAUUUGGCAAGGUCAAUCUGGCAGUGGUGCGAGGAGCGAGGGAUUUGGUUGUUCGCGUCUUAUAUCAAUACAAAAGACAAUGUAGAAGCUGACGAAGAGUCAAGGAAAGUUAACCCUGAUGUAGAAUGGUCGUUAAGUGAGUCAGCUUUCCAAACAAUUGUUAACGCGUUUGGACAAGCUAACAUAGAUCUUUUCGCUUCUCGCACAAAUGCCAAAUGCGAAACUUAUGUAUCGUGGCAACGUGAUCCAGAAGCGCUUGCUGUCGAUGCAUUCACUCUUAACUGGAAUAAUUUGUCUUUCUACGCAUUCCCACCAUUCCCUUUGAUACUAAAAUGUCUCAGUAAAAUUAUUAAUGACAAAGCCGAAGGUAUCCUUGUGUAUCCCCCUAUGGCCUUCACAACCAUGGUUCCCACUAUUAAAUAG